GCAUGAGCCACUGUGCUCAGCCUAUUUUUUUACUUUUUUUAGAGAUGGAGUCUCGCUGUGUUACCCAGGCUGGAGUGUAGUGGCAUGAUCUUAGCUCACUACAGCCUUGAACUCCUCUUGCCAUUUUUUUAUCCUUAAAAUUUCCAUGUCUCACUCUCUUGCCAACUGUUCUCUCUCAUUUGGUCCCUUGAUUGACUCUAAACUCAAACUCUGAUAAAGCAGCGGAUCAAUGAAGUGUCUGUGGUUACUAAAGUAGAAGUUAGAGGCAGAACGGUGGCAGAGAGCCCUGGAAUCUGGCCCUUGGUAGGUGCUCCACAAAUGUUCGUUGAACAAAUGAAUAAGUGGAGCCAGGUUGUCUGUGCCCUAGUCCCAGCUCUCUCACAUGCACUAGUGUUAUAUAUAUGUGUGUGUGUGUGUAUCACACACACACAUAUAUAUAAAUCUCCCUAUGCCUCAGUUUACUCAUCUGUAAAAUGGGGAAGAUCAUUAUAGGCUUGUAAAUGAAAUGAAUUAAUACUUACAAAAUGCUUAAAUUAGUCCUGGAUCAAAGUAAGCUUUCAAUAAAUUGUAAGCUCUUAUUUUCAAGCUCUCAGAACCAGAAUACUUGAGAUGUGGACAAAACAUUACCUCUUAAGAGGUUUGUUAGGGAAAGUAUAGCUGGAGUUAAAAAUUUAACCUCUUAGAAAAGUCACUGUUCAAGCUACUGGUUUUCAUCUCCACCAUUCCCCCUAAACUGCCAUUGCUUUGCUGAAUUAGACACACUUGACCACCUUCCUUCUUGGCCUAGUUUUUUUCUGGGGUCAUCCGUAACACCAAAUAUUUCUCUAAACUCACUAAGCAUCUCUUCUUAAUCUCCAUUGCAAAAUCCUUUUUGUUUACCUGUACUUAUUUUUUUACUUUCAUUUUGAAAUAAUUAUAAGUUCACGAGAAAUUGCAAUAAUAAUAUACUGGGAGGGCCCAAGUAUCUAGUGUCCUUCAGUGGUAACAUCUUGCGUAGCUAUAGUUCAGUAUCAAAACCAGGAAAAAUGCAUUGGGAAAACUGCAGAGCUUAUUAAGAUGUCAUCAGUUUUAUUUGUACGUGUGUGUGUGCGUGUGUGCCUAUGCAAUUUUGUCAUGUUUAGCUCUGUAUAACCAUCACUGGAACUGUUUCACUACCACAUGGCUCCCUGUGCCACCUCUUUAUAGCUGCAGUUUCUAAUCUGUUCUCUAUCUCUAUAAUUUUAUAAUUCAAAAAUGUUGUCCACAUGAAUCUGUAACCAUUUGGCUUGGCUUUCUCCAUUCAGCAUGAUUCCCAUGAGAUCCAUCCAAGUUGUUGAGAUUAUCGAUAGUCCGUUCCUUGUUAUUGCUGCAUUGCGUCCCAUGGUACAGGUGUAGCAUAGUUUGUUUAGCAGUUCACCCACUGAAGGGCAUUUGAGUUGUUUCCGGUUUUUGGCUAUUAUGAAUAAAGCUGUUAUGAACAUUUGUGCACACAGACAUAUAUUGUGUGAACAUAGGUUUUCAUUUCUCUGGGGUAAAUGCCCAAGAGUGGAAUUGUUGGGUCAUAUGUUAAAUGCAUGUUUAGCUUUUUAAGAAACUGCCAAACUAUCUUCCAGUGUAGCUGUACCAUUUUAUAUUCCGACCAGCAGUAUAUGAGUAAUAUCAUUUCUCCACAGCCUUGCCAGCAUUUGGUGUUGAUUUUACGUUUCACUUUAGUCAUACUGAUGGGUAUGUAGUGAUAUCUCAUUGUGGUUUUAGUUCGCAUUUCUCUACUGGCUAAUGAUGUAAAAACAUCUUUUGGUGUACUUGUUUGCUAUCUGUAUUGUCUUCUUUGGUGAAAUGUCUGUCUUUUGCCUUCUCAUAUAGUUUGGAUAUUUGUUGCCUCCAAAUUUCACGUUGAAAUUGAAUCCCUGGUAUUAGUAGCAGGGCCUGGUGGGAAGUUUGGAUCAUGGGGAGGAUGCCUCAUAAAUCAUUUUUAUAGUAGCAAGUUCUCACUAUAUUAUUAUUAUGAGAAUAUACCAUCCCCUCCUUGCUUUCUUCUCUUACUGUGUGAUGCCUGCUCCCAUUGCCUUCUGCCACGAGUGGAAGCUUCCUGAGGCCCUCACUGGAAGCAGAUGCUGAUACCAUGCUUCUUGUACAGUCUGGAGAACUGUGAGCCAAAUCAACUUCUUUACUUUAUAAAUUACCCAGCUUCAGGUAUUCCUUUAUUGCAGCACAAAUGGAUGAAAACAGUCUUUUUCUAAUGGGAUUAUUAUUUUACUGUUGAGUUUUAAGAGUCCUUUAUAUAGUCUAAAUACUAGAGUUUUGCCAGAGAUGUGGUUUGUAAGUACUUUUUGUUCCCAUUUUUAGCAUGUUAUUCUUCCUCUUUGCUGCAUGUAUUAGUUUCCUAUGGCUGCUAUAACAAGUUAUCACAAACAUGGUGGCUAAAAACAACACAAGUUUAUUCUCUUAUAGUUCUGGAGGCCAGAAGUCUGAAAUUUUAGUGAGCCCCAAUCAAGGUUUUGGCAGGACUGAAUAACUUCUGGAAUCUUGCCUUUUCCAGGCCAAAGAAGCCCUCGAAAAUACUGAAGUUCCUGUUGGUUGCCUUAUGGUCUACAACAAUGAAGUUGUAGGGAAGGGGAGAAAUGAAGUUAACCAAACCAAAAAUGCUACUCGACAUGCAGAAAUGGUGGCCAUUGAUCAGGUCCUCGAUUGGUGUCGUCGAAGUGGCAAGAGUCCCUCUGAAGUAUUUGAACACACUGUGUUAUAUGUCACUGUGGAGCCGUGCAUUAUGUGUGCAGCUGCUCUCCGCCUGAUGAAAAUCCCACUGGUUGUAUAUGGCUGUCAGAAUGAACGAUUUGGUGGUUGUGGCUCUGUUCUAAAUAUUGCCUCUGCUGACCUACCAAACACUGGGAGACCGUUUCAGUGUAUCCCUGGAUAUCGGGCUGAGGAAGCAGUGGAAAUGUUAAAGACCUUCUACAAACAAGAAAAUCCAAAUGCCCCGAAAUCAAAAGUUCGGAAAAAGGAAUGUCAGAAAUCUUGAAUAUGUUCUGAUGAAAGAACCAAGUGACCCAAAGUGACUUGGACAAGAUUCCUAGACUGAAAGCUGUUGACAUCGUUGAAUCAUAUGUUUAUAUAUUGUUUUUAAUCUGUGGGAAAAUGGUGUCUCUCAUCAUUUGCUCUGUUAAGGGAACAAAUUAGCACUUUUUAGAAGUCUGACAAUUGUAAACAAUUGUUAGCUUUUCCACAAGCUGAUUCCCAUUUUGAGAUGGGGGUAAAAUUAAGUUUGAGGUUUUAGAAAUUAGCAAGUAGUGCGUACCGUUCCAGCUACAAGUGCCCAGUCCAGGCAAGUGCUGACUUUUUAGAGAAUGUGUGGCCAGACCCAGGGGCCUGGAGUGUGUCUGAACUGCAUACAGUGUGCCACCCUGAGAACACCUUCUCCAGGACUGCCAUUUCAGAGUCAGAUUCUUCGUUUUUUGCAGCUACGAUGUUCUCCCAGGUCAAUGAGGGGCUGUGACUUCUCUCUAAAUUGUAUGUAAGUUGUGUAUAUAGAGACCAUAAUUAUAUGGUUCUUAAAAAGACUUUGCUUUUAUAAAGCAUUUAGAGAACAUGCAUAGUUUUAAAACAAGUGCUUGGGUUGUCACUUAAAUUAUAGCGUAUUGCUAUAAUAAAACCUAAUUUAUGUCUUAUUUGAAGAUGAAUAGUCUUCAAAGAUAAAGACUAAAUGGGACAAUUGUUAUUGAGCAAAAAAACAAAUUAUCCUGCCCUCAUGGAGCUUAUAUUCUAGCGAGGGGAGAUAGAUAUGAUAGAUAACACAGUUUAUUGGAGGACAAUAAGAGUUACGGCAAAAAGCAAAAGGAACACAGGGUAAAGGGGAUGGGGGCCAGUCGGUGGUGAGAAUGCUGACUGAAAAAUAGAUUGGUCAAUUUAAUCUGAAACAAACGGUUAUUUCUUUAAAAAUCCAUAUAACAAAUUUAAAAUCUAAAAUGUAAAACUUUGAACACAACACUAGAAAGGGUAUCCACAGCACGAAGUCCCCAGUUCACCUACCUCCUUGACUAUAGGGCAGCUUUGCACAGCCCCACUGGGCGCACUGUGUGCUUCUGCCCAGAAGGGGGCCUCGCCGUUCCACCAGAAGCUCAGCUCCAGGCCCUGGAGGGGCUGCUGCUCCUCAGUUGCAUUUCUUCAGUAGAUUCAUUUCCUUGAUGCAAAGCAUCUGUAUUUGUUGGUUCUGUCAUUUGAGCGAUGUCUCUGACUUGUUUGUUUUGAAUUACAUUACAGGCUGGAAUGUAAUUGUGGUGAAAGUAUUUUUAUAUUGCUGAGAGUAGCAGCUAAUCACAGUUACAUGCUUCAGAGGAUUUAUAAUUGCUUGGUUUUGUGUGUGUGUGUGUGUGUGUGUUUUUAACUGCAUUUGAAAAGUUUUAUGAAGAAUAUGCAUGAUUUUAAAUCUGUGAUAAUGUUACAUGCACCUUCAAUUUCAUCCACUUUAAAAAUUAUCUUCUUAUUAAAUUUUAGUGCUUUGACUAGUUUGUUCCUUUUUGCAGUUGGUCGUAAUUCAUUUCUGGCUUCUUAUGCUUUUCUGCAAGCAGAUUUCAUUGCACUUAUUGUGUUCAUAUCAUUUUCUUGGGGAUUAUUUGUAGGACAACCAACCUGGAGUUUUGUCUCUGUGGAGUACCACCCGGUAAGUCUGGCUUAGCAUCUUAUGUCCAGUAGGUACUUAGUAAACAUUUGCUAAAUGAAAUUACUCCUUGAAAUUUGGGGAAAAGUGAAUAAGACUAUCUAGGACAAAAAGUCAAAGCCAAAAAUAGUAUAUGAGUAUUCUAGCCCAGAGACAGUUGCUACUGAAAGAAUCAAGGAAAUAAUAAAAUGAUAGACAGGGAAGGAUAGAAAAGACUUAACAAUAUACGUAUGUUGUGUCUUUGCUGUUUUGGAGAAUGGUGGAUAAGUAGUGUUUCCUGAUUCUGAAGCAUUGCUGAGCAGUUUGUGAUUUACCAUCUUUUUGGUUCCCUCUUCAGUGAUUGACCUAUCGAAAAGUCUGUCCUAAAUUUUUGGACUGGGGCACAGUUCCCUCCAUCGCUUUGGGGGAAAAUCAUUAAUAUGGCAUACUGCAGAUCAGAGGGCAGGACCAUUGAGGGUGUCAUAGACAUUAGCUCUGUGGAAUUCUGCUAGCAAUUUCCAAGUGAUGAUGAGGACUUGUGAGUAUAUGUUGAGAUCAUUCAGCUUCCUGAGUACCACAUUCCCCAGCUACUUAGACCUGGGUUAAAAUAUUAAGAUGUCCUAGUUCAAAAGCUUGAAUUCAAUUGAUUGAUACUGAUAGUGCUGUCCAAGUGACCAACUGAAAGACUUGUUUUGUGUAUGAAAUAGUUCUGAAAGUGGUGAGAUACAAAAAGGUUUUAGAAUCACUGCCCUAUUGAGAGAGGAAAUGAUUACAUUUAAAGCUGCUAGAGUUAUCCAGUGUUUGCUGGUCUUUGCAACAAACUGUGGAGAAUGGGCGGUAUGUAAUGCUUUGGCAGCCUUCAAUCACUGAUAAAAGAUCAUGUUAAAA